AUGCCUAAUAUGCUCAGUAAAUUCAUUGAUAAGGCCAAGCCCAGGUUUUCAUUUCAUCACCAUGGUAACCAUAAACCCGGUAGUACAAGUAGCAACGAAAGUCAAUCAAACAAUACCAAGUUUCAUUUGUCAAACAACUUGUCAGCAACUGCAAUCACAUCGCACAUUUUUGGAUACAAAGAUGACCUACAGGAUGAUUACGUUGAGCCACCACCAGUUCCACCCACUGGUACAGAGCCCAUCAAGGAAAAUACAGCUGCUCCUCCGGUUGGCACACCACCCAAAUCAACUCUCGACAAGACAGCAGCGUUGACAGAGACAAACAAGACUGAUACGCCCAAAACCAACUAUUCUCCAUUCUAUCCAGAACAAUUACCUUCAACACCUCCUACUACACCUGGAGGUUCAUUCCUCGUUCGCAACAACUCGAGUGGACACAAUUCAGACAAGAGCCAAGAUAGCCAUAACCAUGCAACAGCCAGUACAGAGCAAGUGGAUGGUUCUGAUGUUACACGCCCACACUGCCAAUUAAGAUUAGACGAUUUCAACCUGCAAAGAACACUAGGCACAGGAUCAUUUGGCCGUGUUCAUUUGAUUCAAUCCAAAAUCAACAAGCGAUACUAUGCCUUAAAAGUUCUGAAAAAGGCCGAGAUUGUGAAACUGAAGCAAGUAGAGCAUACCAACAAUGAACGCUCCAUCAUCGCCAAAGUGCAACAUCCUUUUAUCGUUAAUUUAUGGGGCAGCUUUCAAGAUUGUGCCAAUCUGUACAUGGUGAUGGACUUUGUGCCGGGCGGUGAACUGUUCUCCUUUUUGAGAAAGUCGAAAAAGUUUAGCAACGAUGUGGCUCGAUUCUAUGCUGGUGAAGUCUUGUUGGCUUUGGCGUAUUUGCAUAGCAAGAAUAUCAUUUACCGUGAUCUCAAGCCCGAGAAUCUAUUGUUGGAUGUACAUGGACAUAUUAAAAUUUGCGAUUUUGGAUUCGCCAAGGUGGUGCCUGAUAUUACUUGGACAUUGUGUGGUACACCUGACUAUCUAGCACCUGAAAUCAUCCAAACCAAGGGCUAUGGAAAGGCAGCAGACUACUGGGCAUUUGGUGUACUUGUGUUUGAGAUGCUUGCUGGGUUCCCUCCUUACUAUGACGACAAUCAAUUUAAACUGUACGAAAAGAUCUUGACCACACCGCCUAAAUAUCCAUCAUCCAUUGAUUCUACAGCCAAAGACUUACUGAAACACCUUUUGACCACAGAUCUGACACAACGGUAUGGCAAUCUCAAGCGAGGCUAUCAUGAUAUCUGCGAGCAUAAAUGGUUUGCAUCCCUCGAUUUUGACAAGCUGAUUCAGCGCAAAAUCAAGCCACCUUAUAUUCCACAUUUGAAGAAUGAUGGCGAUGCAAGCAACUUUGAUAGAUAUCCUGAAGAUUUCCACCCUUAUGGUGUGCCUCAAGACGACCCUUACAGAAGUCAUUUCCCUGAUUUUUAA